AUGGUCUUCAACAAGCUUCUCACCGCCUUCUUCUUCGACCAUCUCGGCCAAGGCCUCUUUCGCUGCAAGCUCUGCGACCAAGAUCGCAAGCAGAUGCCCGGAUCCGGGUACGCCUACCUUCUGGCGCACCUGGCUGUCGAGGACGAGCUCACUCGAGCCAUGAGCAAGCUGCGCCCCGUCACAGCUAAGGCUCUAAAGAAGUGCAUGGAAGGAAUCGCAAUCAAGAUUGGCCUCAAGCUGGGGAGUGAGCUGGGAACCCUGUUCGGCCUGAUGUUCGACGGCUGGGCGCAUGCUGGUGUGCAUUACGUCGCCCUGUACACUGUUUGGGAGGCAGAUGGCGAGGUGCGCGUGCGGCUGCUGGGGCUCUCUCAUCUAACAGACGGCUCGCAGACCGCUGACGCUCACGUGGUGAUGUUCAAGGACGUUCUCGAGGUUUACAACAAGACCCUCGACAUGGUGGGGUUUCUGGUUGGUGACAACUGCAACACGAACCUAUCCAUCGCGACCAAGAUGGGCGUACCGUUAGUGGGUUGCGCCAGCCACCGGCUCAACCCAGCCGUCAAGAAGUUUUUGGCGCCAUACGAGCCGUUGCUGGAUGAGGUGAACGCCCUCAUGGUGGAGCUGCGCCACGAGAACAACUUCGCGGAGCUGAAGAAGCACACCGACCUCCAUCCUGUCAAGCGCAACAUUCGUAUUCGCUCCGAGAUCAAGAAGGUGGAGGCGGUUGAGGAACUGAUCCCAACGGAGGGCAAGCACCGCAAGCUCGUGGUCUUAUUCGAGCAUCUGAAGAAGUUCGAGAGUAUCGGCAAGCGGCUGCAGCGCGAGGAUACGGACAUGGCGGAGGUGCGGUUGAUGUUUGAUGGUCUGGUAGCGGAGUAUCCUGUCAUGGCAGAGCACCACAAGGCGUCGGCUAAGAUUGUGCACACUCCCGCCUUUGAGACAGGUGUUGUGAAGGUGAUCGCUGGUUCAGCUCUCUCGCAGUCGGAAACAGCAGCUCUGAAGCGCUUCGAGGUCAAGGGCCCAGCUGGAAAGAAGCGUAAGGAGAGAGAGGAGGACUACGCGUCGUCGCUACUCCGAGGAAAGGGGAAGAAGCAGAAGCAGACCGCCGGAGCCACCAGCUACAUGCCUCUCGUGAAGAUCCCACCGGCUUCAAACACUGUGGAACGUCUGUUCUCGCAGUGCAAGCUCGUUUUGACCCCGCAGCGGCGUGCUAUGCUCCCGGUGAACUUCGAACAGCUCGCGUUCCUUCGCGUCAACCGCACCAUGUGGGAUGUUACGACGGUUGCUAGCGUUAGUGCUGAGGAAACCCUUUAG